AUGUCUGUCACUUCGGCUCUGACCCCCACUGACCUCUGCCAUCGGCUGGAGAGAAGUAAGCAGGACAGAACAUCCGAUGUGGCGGAUGCCCUCCAAGAGACAGUGGCUGAGAAUCAUAACCCUUUGGAAGCACGGUUCAAGGAACUUCGAAAACAGUUAAAGUUCGUCUCUGGUAAGAAGAGUUGGAAGCUGACUAUGCAUCUGUUCACCCUCAAGCAGGUGAACAAAGAGCUGCUGAAGGAUUACAUUGCCCACUUCAAUGAGGCGGUGUUGUUAGCGGAAGAUUACGAUGACAAAAUGGUGCUCUCAGCCAUGUUCAGCGGACUCAAAGAAGGAAGGAACAGUCAAGCAGCCGAAACAUUGUUAAAGGAAAAGAGACCAAGGAACGAAGAGCCUCAGUCAUCCAACAAAAAACCUGAUGACCGAGCCCCUCGUGAUUAUCGGCAGAGCCGGAGGCCCGAGGACAAAUUUCAUUUUUACACUCCUCUCAACAAUUAUACAGAGCAGAUUAUAUUAGAUAUUAGAGGUCAGAGACUCCUGAAUUGGCCUGUUUGCAUGAAGACCGACGUGGAGAAUCGGGACAAGCGCAUGUACUGCAGAUUUCACCGCGACCACGGCCACAACACUAGCGACUGUGUGGAUAUUAAGGAUGAGAUCGUGACCCUUAUCCGCAAGGGUCAUCUGCACCGCUAUACCAAGGAGGAGAGGGCUCAUAAAGCCCACUCUCGGAGUUCAGACGCUGAGCACUAUGUCAAUUUGGCCGAAAGGCUGAAGAAAGAGCUCCGUGUUAACCCCUGCAGCUUGACUUUCACAGAGGAUAAUGUGUGCGAAAUCCAUCAUCCGCACGAUGAUGCCCUCGUGGUGGGUAUGAUCAUAGCUAACCGCAAAGUCUUCUGCAUCCUGGUUGAUAUAGGGAACUCAGCCGAUGUCAUUUACUCCGAGGCAUUCGAGAGAAUAGGUAUCGAUAGGUCGCGCCUUCGACCCAAGAAGACUCCUCUACAUGGCUUUGUCGGGGAUAAGGUAUUCUCCGAGGGAGCCAUCUCCCUCCCAGUAAUAGUGGGAGAAGGACAACACCAGGUCACACUUCUAGUGGACUUUCUGGCCCUCACCAUCAACGUCCUCGACACCACGGAAGAUCCCCCCGAGGACUUGGAGAUCGUCCCACUCGAGGAAGCCGAUCGGAGCAAAACUGUUCAACACAGGACAUCGUUGAAUUUUAAGCAGAGAUUUCAGAUGCUGACUUUCCUAUGA